AUGGCGGAUUCUAGCUCCCAAAAUUUCGAUUCUAGUAAUUCAAGCUCCCAAAAUAUUCAAGGUUCCUAUUUUCCAACUUCACAAUACCAUCACAUGUCCUACCCUCAACAACAAUUUCCAUACAACUACCAAAUGUCUUCGAAUUUUCCCCAACAAUUUCCAUUCAACUCUCCUGGUGGUUCAAAUUUUCCUCAACAAUUUCCAUUCAACUCUCCUACUGGACCAAGCUUUCAUCCACAAUUUUCAUCCAAUUUUCCAUCUACUUAUUUCAUGCCUCCACCAAAUCAAUUUCAGGAAAAUAGCUCACAGUUUCCUCAACAUUCUUCACAAAUUCCAGUUGUUGUUGAUGAUGACGUCGAGGAAGUUGGAAAAUCUACUGCAACAACCAAGGAGACAAAGGCGGCUUGGAGUCCUGAUGAAGACAUCCUUCUUGUUAAAGCUUGGUACAACACCAGCACCGACUCCAUUAUUGGCAAUCAACAAAAAAGAAAGGAUUUUUGGGAGAAAAUUACUGCUUACUACAACGAGUGGAAACCAGAGGACACCGCUGCGCGAAGUUUAUCACAGGUGAAAAAUCAUUACUAUAGAAUAAAUCCAAAUCUUAAUAAGUGGGCAGGUAUCUAUAACAAUUUCUGGAGCAAUCGUGCGAGCGGACAAGGAGAUGAUGAUGUGCUGAAGGCGGCAAAAAGAGCAUGGAGAAAUGAUGAUCCAAAAAACAAGGACUUCAAGUUCUUUCACGUAUGGAAGAUGAUCCAAACUUGUGGGAAAUGGACUCCUCAACAAAUGCCACAGAAUCCUCAGAAAAAGGCCAAAAAUUCUGAAACAGACAACCCAUCUUCUACGGACACUGGAGCUCGAAUUCGACCGAUGGGACAACAGAGAGCUAAACUACAAGCGAAACAAAAGGCUAAAAUGACAUCUACAGUCAACGAAGAUAAGUGGAAGCAUCUCCAAGAGGCUAUGAAUAAACAAAUGAGCCUCCAAGAGGUACAACUCAAGCUUCAAGAGGAACAACUCAAGCUUCAACAUAUUGAAUUUUGUAGACAAGAUACUAGUGGCAUGUCGGAGGAUGAACUCUACAACCAUUUCACGCUUGUAGCUGAAAUCAAGAUGAAGCAACAAUGUGAAGUUCACGAAGGAGUAGCAGUCCUAGAAAAUAUAGGGAUCGAGAGCGUGAAAGAGGCCAUGAUCGUCUCGUUUGUGAUUAUUUCUGUGAUGAACCCAUCUAUGAUGGCGAUCUUUUUCGCCGUCGAUUUCGAAUGCGACGGGACUUAUUUGUCAAGAUCGUUGAUGCGAUGA